AUGCCCGAAGGGCAAUCGCGUGAGGAACUAUCUCGGCCGAGCUUGCGAGCUCUUCGACAUCCGGCACUCCCCCAAGCUCAAAUCCUCGUCCAUCUCGCGGUCAUCCAGCUCCGACACCAUUUCCAACACUCCGACAUCCAGCCGAGCAUCCAUGCUCAUGCGAGCUCCGACGGGCGACCCUUAGGUGCGAAGGCUGAAACACAAGGUUCCACUGCCACGAUGCCUAAGUCCACCUCUACCCCGCCUUCUCGAAGCACCGAAUCAUCGGGGAAGCGCGCUCGAAUUCCUUCGGAGAAGGGCGCAGUGUUAGCAGCAGCAGCAGCAGAAAAGACCAAAUCGAAGAAGGUACUCACCACUGCGGCGCCGAAGGAGCCUCCGACGACAUCGAAGAAGCAAUUGGCCGUGGCAAGGAAAGUUCUCAAGCCAGUGCCCGUGAAGAGCAUGGCACCCGCGCCCGCCAAGCCUGGUCCACAAGUCGCUGACAUCGUCGACGAAGAUGACACUGAGUCGAGCGAUGAUGACGACGAUAUUGUCGAGGUUGAUAGCUCUGGGCGCCGCAAGCAAACGGCACCCGCGAAGGAAGAAACUCCUGAAGAGGAGCUCGAGCGUCUUAGCAAAGACUGGGUUGCACCCAUCUAUGCCUUUUACAAGCGCGAAGUUACCAUACACAUCGCUGAUGACGGCAAGCGUGCGCACGUCUUCGAGUGCAUCAGGAAACCCACCCCAUGUGAAUUUGUGCAAAUUCACAUAAAUUUGCAUAAACUUCCUGGACACCCCAUUUACUUGACCCCCCCGAUUUCCUCGCACAAAUUCGCACGAAUUGAUGUCCAACAGUUGUGA